AUGCCUCAUCAUUCAGGACACUCGGACAUGGCUGUGAUGUGGGUGUUGUCCUUGGCGCUGGUGGUGACAGCAGGAGCCAGUGUGGGGCCUAGCUCCAACAGCAGUCUGUGCUCAGAGUCCAAAGAAUGUCUCCAGUACGAGCUGCUGUGCGAAAACGAAGAAUACCAGGUGCGCCACUACAGCCCCACGCUCUGGGUGUCCACUGAUGCAGAGGCCUACUUCAUGGGGGUGGGAGCAGCCAUGGCCUUCAGGAGGCUGUUCCAGUACAUCACUGGAGCCAACGAGGGAGGGUACCAGAUGGAUAUGACCGCUCCAGUUCUGGUUAGGAUCCCGGAGGAGACCAGAAUGUGGGAGCCAGCUAUCUACACGCUGAGCUUCCCCCUGUCCCAGGCCUAUCAGGACAAACCCCCCCAGCCCACCCAUGACAAGGUGUACUUCACCCAAAUGCCGGACAUGGACGUGUACGUGCGCAGCUACGGUGGCUGGAUGCUGUCGGUCACCUCGCGCCUACAGGCCCAUCAGCUGACCAAAGAGCUGCAGCGGGUGGGGGCCUCCUACAACCACAGCCACCAUUAUGGUGUGGGCUACGACAGUCCUUUGAAGCUGCUGAAUCGUCACAACGAGGUGUGGUAUGUGGCAGAGGGUAAGCCCAUCUGCUCAGACCCCCAGGAGCCCACCCCCCCUCACCCCUCCACAUCCCAAGGCCAAGACCCCACCAUACCCGAGGACCAAGACACAGGCUCAGAGGCCCCCAGUUUCUCCAGGCUUCAGGCCGAUGAACCUUCCUCAAAGACCAUCUCACUGCAGGGGGACUACCCAGGUUCCUCCGUCCGUCCCACCUCUCCCUCUGGGGCUCCUGCCAUCUUCCCUACUGGCUCGUCCACUUCCGCACCCUCUCCCCCUCCCGAAUCCCCCUCUGCCUCUGAAGACAACUCUAACUCCUCCCUACCCAGCUCUGCACCCACAUAUGAGGCAAAAUCUGAGGCCAUCUCCAGCUCAAACAGCACUCAGUCCACCCCCACCUCUGCUCCCACAUCUGAGGCCAUCUCCGGCCCGCACAACACCCAGGCGGCAACCGCCUCCCCUGCCUCCCCCACCUCCUUGCUGCCCACUGACGUUGGCCGUGCACACCCAGAUCUGACUCCAUUCUCCGGCCUGUUCCAUGAGCUCUCUCCGGCUGUGGCCAGGUCAGAGCCACCCCCUAGCGCUGCCUCAAAGGAGAAGAAGGGGCCGUAG